CCUUUCAUUUCAAAUUAACCUUCGUUUCCACUCCAAAAUCCAGCCUCAACAAUGAUUGUGAGAACGCCUCUACCGAAGAAACGACGGCCUGAAGCCACCGGCAACUCCGAUAGCCCUAACUCCGAUGGCCGUUUCGUCAUCUUCGAGGACCUGCCGGAGCCCGAACCUUCUCAUCAACAUUCCGAUCAGAUGCUUUGCACUUACCAGUGCCGCCAAUUGGUCAAAGCAGAUUUUCUGGACGCCUUAGGCAGCGCAGAAAAAAAAUCACAGGAUUAUCAAUCUAAACUUGAGGCAAUGGACAGUGACCUGCGCAAAUCGGAAGCUGAAAGGAUGAAAUUUCGGGAUCAGCUUCUAUACGCAGAACAAGAAGUAGCUGCUGCGAAGGGACGUGAGCAGGCUUUGCAAGACCAGCUCUUGAAAGAAGUCAGUGAAUCACAGGAGCGACUAAGAAAGCAGAUUCAUAUCCAUAGUGAACUUGAGGUAAAAUUUAGAAAAGAGAUGGAACUUCGCAAAAAAGCAGAAUCUUUGCUCUCUUCGGCUGAAGAAAAAGCAAACCUUUUAGAGGGAAAAUUGAGCCACGUCUCUGAAAGUAUAGAGAGGGAGAAAGUUCGUCUUCAGAAGGAACUUACGCAACUUAAACAAGAAUCGAAACUUUCCAUGGAGAGAAUUAGUGCAGAUCUUCAAAGGAUGGAAUGCAAAGCUAGCAACUCUGAGAAAGAAGCGGCUAUGCUAAAGGAACAACUGGAAAACCUUCAAACAAAACUCAACGAGUGCUUGCAUGAGAAGAAUGAAGUAGAGAAAAAACUUUCGACUUUAACACAUCAAGAAUUUCCUUCAGAUGACAAUAUCUUGGUGAAGCACUUGAGAGAAGAGCUUAGAAACUAUGAAUCAGAAGUUCGUGAAGCUAGAAAAUGGAAGGCUUCUCAUGAGGACAUCGAGUUAUUGAGGGAGAAAUUGUUGGAGGAAAAGGGUUGCAGAGAGAGGGCCGAGUCAGAGGUUUUGAAAUUAUCGGAAGCACAGAUAAAUGGAAAGAAGUUGGAGGAUGAAUUAUCUUCAUGGAAAUCAAUAAUAAAAGAUAUUCCCGGUGUAACAUCUGCUGCUGACAUCCCUCUUAAGUUUGAAGCCUUACAAAAAGAGGUUCUUGAAGGCAUGAUGAAGAUGGGAGAGGUUACUGCACGUUUAAAACAAGUGGAGGUUGCUCUUGAUGUUGCUGAAAACACUAGACAAAAUGUGGAAACAGAGUUUGCGUUAACCAAUGAAAAGAUGGAACUUUUGAAAUUGGAGCUCAAGCGAACUGAGUUACUGCUUUCUUCAACUACAGAGGAGAGAGAUCGUUUGAAGAUUGUUGUUGAUCAAUUGAAACAGCAGAAGACUGUUGAAGCAGGGGGUGCAAUGACAGAUGGGACGGUUAAGGAGCUUGAAGCAUCCCUUGCCAUGAAGGAAGAUCUUAUAAAGCAAUUGGAGAGCUCUAUACAAGAGCAAAAAGACGUGAACACUCGUCAACAUAAUGAAAUAAAGUUACUUAAUGAAAGGCUGAGUAAUGAAUCAAGAAGAAUAAAGUCAUUAGAGAGGGAGGAUGAUCGUCUCCGCUCAGAGAUAGCUAUAUUGGAGUCAAAGUUGGGUCAUGGUGAUUUUUCAUCUGCAAGUACAAAAGUAUUGCGUAUGGUGAACAGCUUGGCAGUUGACAGUGAGGCAAAACAGACAAUAGAGGCUUUGCAGAAUGAAUUACAGAAGACAAAAGACAAAUUACAAGCCAUUGAGGAGUUAAAAAAACAAUCAGGUGAUGCUGGGACAUUGGUAGAUUCAUAUAUUUCUGGAAAAGUGGUUCAAUUAAAAGAGCAAAUUGCCACCCUCGAGAAACGUGAGGAAAGGUAUAAGGCAGUUUUUGCAGAUAGAAUCUCAGUUUUUCGACGUGCUUGCUGUGAACUAUUCGGCUACAAGAUUGUCAUGGAUGAUCACCAACGAUCAGAUGGGAUCCCUGUUACACGGUUUACCCUUCAGUCUAUAUAUGCUCAAAGUGAUGAUGAAAAACUUCAGUUUGAGUACGAAUCAGGGAACACAAAAAUUCUGGGAAAUAACUACACCCAACAACCCGAUAUAUCCCACCAGGUUGAAAUUUUCAUACGGAAGCUGAACUCUAUUCCGGCUUUCACUGCCAACUUAACAGUCGAGUCUUUCAAUAAGAGGACACUCUCGUGAGACGGUAACUUGUCUUGUUGCUUUGCAGUUCUUUCACAAAAGGGUCGGGCCUUAAAUUCUUAAUCCUGUGCAACGAUUUAAAUUGCUUUUUACUGAAUUGAGUAAUAUUUUCUAAAAUGGGGCAAUAGUAUUGAAAACAUAUUUGUAUUUGAUAGCUUGUUUGUGUUCUUGACUGUUUAAGUUGUAUGUUUUUGUUCAA